UUUGAACUCCAACAUUAGCUUCCUCCGUAAACCGGUACUCAUACAAAUUGGAAACCACAUUACGAAUUUCAAACAGUUCUCUCAUCAACAUGAAAGGCGUUGUCUUGCUCAGAUGUCUCUUCGUAGUUUUGUUUCUCGGAUUUCGGGCUACCUCCAGAAAUGUGGGAACCUUCUGGCACUUCACCGACUUCCAUGUCAACAUGUCUUAUGGCAUUUUGAACAGCAGUGGAAGUUGGGGGCGGUACGAUCAAGACACCAGUCCGAUAGUUGCCUUCACCGGAAUCGAACUCGGAAACGAUUAUGGAUAUGCUGAAAACAAGCCCGACUUUGUCAUUUGGGGAGGAGGCUCUGCCCCACAAGGUGGCGCUGCCACUGCCAGGGAUCUGCGGGAAAGUCUAGCUUUCCUAUCACUGCACUUUAGGAAUGCCUUCCCGACGGAUCAAAUACCCAUCAUACCGGUGAUUGGUACUCACGACAUCUACCCACCCAAUAAAAUGUCGCCAAAGCUGCAUGAUUCGGACAGGACCAAAUGGUGCACAGAACUUGCCACCAAUGAGUCAUUAUGGAAACCGUGGAUUCUUGGAGGUUUCGAAACAAAAGAGUCUAUUUUCCAUAGAAACUGUUAUAUGCUAUACACGAUUCCCAAUAAGAAACCACUAAUAGUUCUGGGGUUAAACAGUUUGGUUUGGUACACGAACAAUUCUCUUGUCGAUGAAAGAAUCGUUGACCCUUUGAAUCAGUUCCAAUGGAUAAUGGACAACCUCGAGUACGCCAGGAAGAACGCGAUCAAAGUUAUCCUCGCGAUGCACGUGCCCUUCGGAGGUCCUGAAAUUGGUGCCAACGACUAUCACCAUUUAAAGGAGACGUAUAACGAAAUGUUGGUCGAACUUAUUCGAAACUACUCUUCAGUUAUCAUCACAACAAUUGCUUCACACGAGCACAUUGAUGCUUUUCGAGUUAUUCUGGAUGAGAAAUAUCAUCCAGUCGGGACCAUGUUCCUUGGACCGGCUGUCACUCCUCGCCACAUCGAUGGUAUCGGUUCAAACAACCCUAGAAUAAGACAGUUCUUCUAUGAUCGCGACACCGGGGCGGUUUUGAAUUACCGGCAAUUCUACCUCAACUUGACACAAGAUGGGCCGUCCUGGAAGGUGGAAUAUAAUGCAACCGGAGAAUACAGCUUGAACAAUUUGACAGCAACCGAACUUGGAAAGCUACUGGACGAGUUCACCACUGAAGAUGACAAAAACGGUCGAUGGGGAGCCUAUUGGAAGCAUCAGCUCGGUGGUCGCCCACAUGAGAAACCUCCGAAAAGAGGAGAUGGUGAAUGUCCGGAAGCCAGAUCGGUCUGCAGAUGCGAACAGAUCUGCAGCAUUCGUCAUUUAGACGUGAAAACAUUGAAUGAAUGUCUGAAAAUAUGUCAGAGCUCUGAUACACCACAUCUGAAUACAAUUGAUGAUUUGAUAAACGGAAGGGGCGGUAGUGAUGUGUCAAACGCUGGCACGAUUGUGGGCAUAGUGAUUGGAGUGUUGCUGCUCGCCGGUGUCCUUAUCGGUAUUGGAUUCAUCCUAUAUCGAAGAUGGCGUAACUAGCGAAAACAAGAGUGGAUGUUCAUCGAUUUAUUGCCCCAACUCUGACCCAAGUUGUAUUCAAUCAUGUCUACUAUCGACAGUGUUUUUGAUAAACUCUCACUGAUCUAAUCGUUCUCUCCU